UCAUCACUUCGCCCCACUGCCAUCACAAUCAUGUCCGACGAGCGCCAGGAGACCAAGGAAGAGCGAAGGGCGAGGAGGGCAGCUAAGAAGGCUGAGAAAGCCCGCGUGGCAGAGGCUGAAUCUAUCACCGUCAAGGAGGACGUGAUGGAAGCUAAGACGAACGCCGAGGUCGCGCCGGAGGAGACAAAAGAGGAGCGCAAGGCAAGGAAACGCGCGGCUAAGGAGGCGAAGAAGGCCGCGAAGGCCUCCGAGGACAAGAAGUCGGUGGAGGAGGGCAAGGCGAGCAAGGAUGGCAAGGAGCAGAGCGACACCAAGAGCAACAAGGAGAAGAAGCGGAAGCGCGACGAAGGCGAGGUCAAGGCGGAGGCUCAAUCCAAAGCCCAGCCUCCCAAUAAGAAGGCGGCGCUCGACACGUCGGCGCCAAUCUUCGCGGACGAGAGCUUGUCCGAUCAGGCCAAAAAGGCUAUCCACUACGCACAGCAGUUCGGCACACCCUCUUGGAAGUUCAACAAGGCGCGACAGGGGUGGUUGCUGCGGCAUCUUUGGGGCGGCGAGAUUCCUGACGAGCACGUCUCCACGGUCGUUGCCUACCUGAAGACAGUGCAAGGCGGGGUGCGGGGAGCGCUGGCGACCAAGGCAAAGGAGUACGCCAGAGAGGAGGAGGAGGUGAAGGCCGACGAGGAGGCUAAAGUCGAGGAGGCUACAGCGAAGGUUGAGGACGAAAGCAAGGACGAAGGCGGCGAGGGCGACAAGAACGAUGUCCAGGAGGAAGCCGAUCCUGCCGACGCUGAGGAGCGCGCGCGGCGAAGGAAACGCGCCCGCCAGCUCCUGGAGGCGAUGGGUGAGACUUACAACAUCUAGACAUUCAUCAUGCACAGUGUACGUUGCG